UUAGGCCAGCCAGCAAAUCCUUGCUCCUUGGCUCUUUCGUCUCCACCUUUUUCGCUUUUUUCCCCUCCCUUAUUUAUUUGUUUGUGCAUUCCUGAGAAAUGAGGCUCCUACUACGACUUUUAGCGCUGUCCCUGCUGCUCCUGGCUGCUGUGGCGCAGCCAGCGAACACUACUGCGCAGGAAGCAGAGGACCUGGAAAAGGCCGUGACCUCGAUGUUCAGUACACUUGCGCUGCGCACGUUUGCGCCCGAGCGCCAGGACCACCAGGAGCUGUAUUAUAAGACCCGCUUCUUCACAGCGCACCUGCAGGCACGCAUGCGGUACAUUGUGUCGACAUACGAUGCGAGCGCAUCCGAGGCAGCCGCCGAGGAACAGUCGUCGGACUCCAAUGGAAGCAGCAGGGUAGCAAAUGAUGUCGAGUCCACUAGCGUACAGCACCACGAGGAUUCGCCCAAGGAGACACCCAGUGUGUCGACAAAGGACCCACUGUUCCUGACACAGUCGGAGGCAGACCAGCUCAACGGGAUCAAGAAGGAAAUGUGGCUUGUAUCGCGCAAAAUGUACCAGCAGGCAGGCUGCAUGACGUAUGACAUCAGCCUGUGCAAUUCGAUGGAGUCCAAGGGGCUGAAGCUUAGCACGACUGAGAAGCAGGCGCUGAUGGAGUGGGAGCAGCGGCUGUCUGACCCCGCCGUGGCCAACAAGGUGCUGACCCGGGACGAGGCCCAGGGAAUCCGCGACAUGAUGCGAGCAAUCCAAGCGGUCCUACUCAAUGCCGUGCGCCGCGAGUACCCCGGCCACUAGCUAGAUUUCCUAGACGUUCUG